AUGGCAAUUACUAACCUCUCGUCCACCUUCUCAUACUCGCUCCUCCUUACUCUCCUCUUCUUUCAUGCCGUUUUAGCACAAUCGCAUAACCAAACCAAAUCAGCCUUCGAGUUCCUCAAUCAUCUUCAGGGGUGUCACAAGGGUGACCGCGCCAAAGGCGUUCGCGAGCUCAAGCAUUAUCUUGAGAAGUUCGGCUACUUGAAUUACAACCAAUCUAGUGAUCCAAUUCAUGCUGACGACGACGACUUCAACGAUGCUUUAGAGUCUGCCGUCAAGACGUACCAAUUGAAUUAUCAUCUGAACGUCAGCGGGAAUCUGGAUCCACAGACGGUGUCAAAGAUGAUGAUGCCACGGUGUGGCGUGGCUGAUAUCAUCAACGGCACUGCCCGCAUGGGGUCCGGCAAGAAAGGUCGGAACCUCCGUGGGCUCGGCUCUUUCCAUCCGGUGUCCCGCUACACGUUCAUGAAUGGAAACCCUAGAUGGCCGGCCUCGAAAUACCACCUCACCUAUGGCUUUGCUCCCGGGACACCGACGGCUGCCAAGGGUGCGGUUUCGCGGGCUUUCACCUCAUGGGCAUCCAUAUCACGGUUCACCUUCUCUUAUAUUAAGGAUUAUGAAAUUGCUGAUAUAGAAAUAGGGUUUGAAAGAGGAGACCAUGGAGAUGGUACGAUCAAUAGCUUUGAUGGGCCUGGAGGAACCAUAGCUCACGCAUUUCGACCCACCAUUGGACUAUUCCACUACGAUGCGGACGAGAGGUGGGCCGUGGGUCCGGCGGCGGGUUCGCAAGAUAUCGAUUUGGAGACGGUGGCUCUGCAUGAGAUUGGACACCUUCUUGGGCUAGGGCACAGUGAUGUUGAGGGGGCCAUCAUGUUUUCUUCCAUAGCUCCUGGCACAACCAAAGGCCUUCACGAGGAUGACAUUCAAGGAAUUAGGGCUUUAUACAACUUUUGAUUAGUGGAUUAAAAACAGUGGGUUUUGGAGCAGUGUGAAGCACAUGGUGAUUAUCUUAAUGUGAUUCGGU